AUGCAUUUCUCAUGGUUUAUGUAUCUAUCCGUACUUGUAUUGCUCAGUCUAUUCUUACCUGCUAAAACUGAUUAUGAUUCUGAUAAUGAUAUUGAUGAAGACGAACCUGAAAGUACGACUAGAAUGCCUAUAUCGAGUACCACUACAGAAUCUUUAGAAUUAGAUGAAGCGAUAGAAGAUCAUGAAGAUCAUACAGUAAAAUUGGAAACUACAGGACCAACAACAACAACAACAAAUGCAUGGAAUGUAGCUAAACAUCAUGAGAGUGAUGACUAUGGUCAUAACAUUUACGACGAUGUUGAAGAUGAAUCGGGAGAGGAAAAAUUUCAUCAUACAACACCUGUAAUAACUAAAUUAUCAUCAUCAUCUAGUACAACAACAUCAACUAAACAUGUUAUAACUGAAACAGCUACAACUAAAAAUGAAAUAUCAGUGACACAUUCGACGGAACCAUUUUCUACAUCGGUAUAUGAUAGUAAUGAACAAUCUUUAUUGACUACUACAAUAGAUUUCAAACAAAUGGCUGCAUAUCUUGCUCAAACAAGUCGAGAUCGAUUUUUUCUUAAAAUCUUUACUAUUAUAGUUGUAGUCGGUAUGUUAAGUUUAGCAGUGGCAUUUAUAAUAAUAUAUAUGGUACGAAAAGCUAGACGUUAUCAUGGAUAUAAUACAUCAGCUAAUGGUUCCGUCAAUAAACAAUUAAAACAUCCUAACAAUAUUCCAGUAUAA